AUGUCCUCUUGCGAAGUAGACGCUCCGUGGAAAGGGAUUGCUCGCCGAAAGCGCGCAGAACGCGAUACCGCCAUCCCAGCAGUCUGGAAGCUCGACCAGAAGCAUCUGCCCAAAGAAAAUAGAGAACCGGAAAACGUGCUAUCUGUCCCAGACCAAUGCGGUAUCCUUACAGCCAAAGACCUCACGAUAACCUCGCGGUACAGCGCUCGGAGCUUGAUCAGUGCAAUUACUUCCAAUCAUCUUACGGCAAAAGAAGUAACCGCUGCAUUCUGCAAACGUGCCGCCAUAGCCCAGCAGUUGACCAAUUGCCUUACUGAAUUGCUCUUCCCUUCUGCUCUCCAACGAGCUGAAUCCCUGGACAAGCACCUGGCGGAGUACGGCAAGCCGUUUGGCCCGCUCCAUGGAUUGCCUAUAUCUAUGAAGGACAGCUUUAAUAUUAUGGGCGUGGACUCUUCUAUUGGCAUUGCGGCAUUGUGCUUCAAGCCGGCAAAGUCAAACUCACCGCUCGUGGACCUGCUGCUUAGCCUAGGUUGUGUGAUCAUCGCCAAGACGAACGUCCCGCAGACACUUGCGGCGCUGGAUAGCAAUAACAACGUCUUUGGACGCACCAUGAACCCGAUAAAUCGGCUUGUCACUGCUGGCGGCAGUUCGGGAGGUGAGGGUGUGCUUGUCGCCAUGAAAGGCUCCAUGAUCGGCGUUGGAACGGAUAUUGGUGGAAGUAUCAGAAUCCCGGCUAUGUGUAAUGGAAUCUACGGUUUCAAGCCGAGUGUGGGACGCGUACCGCACGGUGGGCAGGAGGUUGGGAGCUUGUACGGAGAUGGGAGAGCGGCGAUGGAAGCUGUGACAGGGCCGAUUGCGAGGUCUGUGCAAGACCUGGAUACCUUUCUGAAGGAGGUAGUGCCUAGAGCGGAGAUGUGGGCAGAGGACUGUGUGCCUGGCAACUGGGGUGUGGGAGAAAUGAAAGGGUGCGGGAAGAAUGGAAAUUUCGUGGUCGGAAUCAUGCGACGAGAUGGAAAUUGCGAGCCCCUACCUCCUGUUUUGAAAGUAAUCGAAGAAGUGAAACAAAAACUGACCCGAGUUGGGAAUAUCGAGGUCGUUGAUAUUCCCACUCCCCAAGCUUGGACCAAAUGCCAAGGUCUUGCGAACAGAUUAAUGGCUGCCAAUGGUGCUACUCGCAUGGCCGACUUGCUUGAAGAAACAAAGGAGCCUCUUGCCCCUUGGAUGCAAAGGCGAUUCAAGAGAAGCCCAGCAAGAUCAAUUGCCGAAGUUCGAGAUAUGCAGGCUCAAAGAUCGAGUCUGGAGAGGCGCAUGCUAGACAUCUGGUACCAAACAGACAAAGACGGAUCAAGGAAGCGGAAAUUUGAUGCACUAAUCUGUCCAGUCGCACCACACCCUGUUCCACCAAUCGAUCGUUGGAAUGCUGUUGGCUACACAUCCAGCUUUGUGCUUCUUGACUAUCCUGCUGCAGUGAUUCCGGUUCGAAGAUUUGAUGAGGGUGACCUUGAACUGGGAAAGGAGAUGGGCGGACCAUCGCUUGGGAGCUGGGACGAACGAAAUAGACAGCUAUGGGACGAGAAGAUUACCGACCGAAAGGUGUACUUGGACACUCCGCUAAGUAUACAGGUCGUGCCCCCCAAACUGCAUGAUUUCGAGCUGUGCAGGAUGAUGGACGUGAUCGACCGAGCACUGAGCACCACGGGCAGAGACUCAAAGCUAUGA